AUGUCUGGGUCCCAGCUGGUCAAUGGAACUCUCUACCGGCCAGUCCGGCUCUCUCCACCGCUGGCCGCAACGCCACCACCAACCGAGACCACCGUGGCUAGUACAACAACGGAGAGAGCUAGCACAUUUGAAUCGUCUUCCGCCACGACAACGCUUGCUGGAUCCACAACGGUGGACAAAAAAUCUACAUCGACAGAAGAAAGUAGCACCACGCAAAGAACCACCUUUCGUACAGUGCCGGCAACCACUGAGCGAAGCACCGCUACAUCAACUCUGUUUGAGACCACAGUGGCUACUACAUCUCCAGAGCAGACAAGCACAAUUGGAUUGUCUUCCGCCGCAUCUUCGACAGAACGUGCUCAAAGUACACUUGUCAGCACUUCUGAAGGGUAUUCAACUGGACAGUCGACAGGAUAUACUUCAGCAGGCACCACAGUUGAACUAAGCUCCACAAGCAGCAGAUCAAAAUCUACAUCGACAGAAGAAAGUAGCACCACGCAAAGAACCACCUUUCGUACAGUGCCGGCAACCACUGAGCGAAGCACCGCUACAUCAACUCUGUUUGAGACCACAGUGGCUACUACAUCUCCAGAGCAGACAAGCACAAUUGGAUUGUCUUCCGCCGCAUCUUCGACAGAACGUGCUCAAAGUACACUUGUCAGCACUUCUGAAGGGUAUUCAACUGGACAGUCGACAGGAUAUACUUCAGCAGGCACCACAGUUGAACUAAGCUCCACAAGCAGCAGAUCAAAAUCUACAUCGACAGAAGAAAGUAGCACCACGCAAAGAACCACCUUUCGUACAGUGCCGGCAACCACUGAGCGAAGCACCGCUACAUCAACUCUGUUUGAGACCACAGUGGCUACUACAUCUCCAGAGCAGACAAGCACAAUUGGAUUGUCUUCCGCCGCAUCUUCGACAGAACGUGCUCAAAGUACACUUGUCAGCACUUCUGAAGGGUAUUCAACUGGACAGUCGACAGGAUAUACUUCAGCAGGCACCACAGUUGAACUAAGCUCCACAAGCAGCAGAUCAAAAUCUACAUCGACAGAAGAAAGUAGCACCACGCAAAGAACCACCUUUCGUACAGUGCCGGCAACCACUGAGCGAAGCACCGCUACAUCAACUCUGUUUGAGACCACAGUGGCUACUACAUCUCCAGAGCAGACAAGCACAAUUGGAUUGUCUUCCGCCGCAUCUUCGACAGAACGUGCUCAAAGUACACUUGUCAGCACUUCUGAAGGGGCAGAGACCACCGUGGCUAGUACAACAACGGAGAGAGCUAGCACAUUUGAAUCGUCUUCCGCCACGACAACGCUUGCUGGAUCCACAACGGUGGACAAAAGCACAACCGCGCAAAGAACGACAGUUCCUACUCUGGCGGUAACAACUGAGCAAAGCACUUUGACCUCAACCUUGGCAGAGACCACCGUGGCUACUACAACAACGGAGAGAGCUAGCACAUUUGAAUCGUCUUCCGCCACGACAACGCUUGCUGGAUCCACAACGGUGGACAAAAGCACAACCGCGCAAAGAACGACAGUUCCUACUCUGGCGGUAACAACUGAGCAAAGCACUUUGACCUCAACCUUGGCAGAGACCACAACAACGGAGCGGCCAAGCACGUUUGAAUCGUCUUCCGCCACGUCUACAACACCCAGUGCUACAAGCACAAUCCUUGGCACGUCGGAAGGUCAUACCACCGUAUCGCAGACCACGGGACAUCCGUCCACGGCCACAACAUACGGCAUGAAAACGACCACAAGCAGCCAAGGAACUUCAGUCUCAACGACAACGCCUGCAGAAUCUACAUCGACAGAAGAAAGUAGCACCACGCAAAGAACCACCUUUCGUACAGUGCCGGCAACCACUGAGCGAAGCACCGCUACAUCAACUCUGUUUGAGACCACAGUGGCUACUACAUCUCCAGAGCAGACAAGCACAAUUGGAUUGUCUUCCGCCGCAUCUUCGACAGAACGUGCUCAAAGUACACUUGUCAGCACUUCUGAAGGGUAUUCAACUGGACAGUCGACAGGAUAUACUUCAGCAGGCACCACAGUUGAACUAAGCUCCACAAGCAGCAGAUCAAGUACGUCCGUCCAUUCGACAACGUUUUCUGAAUCUACAGCGGUGGACCAAGGUACAACUGCAGAAAGAACCACAGUUCCUACACUG